GGUCCGAACGUUACAUUUUGAUGCCAACACUUUGCUCGUCCUCUUUUCAAGUUUAGAUUUCCAGGGAAGAGCAAGACACUCAACCAGCUGCGAAAAAUGAAAGAUAAAAAGAACAGAGAUGGGGAAGCGACAAGUUCAAAGCCCAGUUGUUUGGGAUUUCCCAUCAGCAUCUUCUUCAUCGUGGUCAAUGAAUUCUGUGAAAGAUUCUCCUACUAUGGAAUGCGAGCUGUGCUUGUCCUCUAUUUCCGUUAUUUUCUGCACUGGACUGAGGAUUUUGCAACUGCCAUUUAUCAUGCCUUUGUUGCUCUGUGUUACUUAACACCAAUCAUUGGAGCAAUCAUUGCUGACUCCUGGUUGGGAAAAUUCAAGACCAUCAUCUACCUGUCCAUUGUCUAUACAAUUGGACAACUGGUGAUAUCAAUCAGCGGCAUUGCAGAUAUUACAGAUACUGAUGGCAAUGGUCAUCCAAAUAAUGUAGCAGUUCAUGUCGCAUUGGCAAUGAUUGGUCUGAUUCUUAUUGCUUUGGGCACUGGUGGCAUCAAACCUUGUGUGUCAGCAUUUGGUGGUGACCAGUUUGAAGAACACCAGGUAAAACAAAGACGUCGGUUCUUCUCAAUUUUCUAUUUAUCAAUCAAUGCUGGAAGUCUGAUUUCUACCAUUAUUACUCCCAUCCUGAGAGGUCAACAAUGUGGUCAUGUUGCUCAGGCAUGUUACCCCCUUGCCUUUGGAGUGCCAGCAGCACUGAUGGCAAUUGCUUUGAUUGUAUUUAUAGGAGGAAGUCCUUUGUAUAGGAAAUCUACACCCGAGGGGAAUAUUAUGCUUAAAGUUUGCAAGUGCAUAUGGUUUGCUCUAAAGAACAGAUUCCAGCAUCGUAGCAACCAAUAUCCCAAACGGGAGCACUUUAUGGACUGGGCUGCAGAGAAAUAUGAUGAACAUUUGGUUGCUCAGGUCAAGAUGGUGCUGAAAGUGUUGUUUCUGUAUCUUCCAUUGCCUAUGUUCUGGGCUUUAUUUGACCAACAGGGCUCGAGGUGGACCUUUCAAGCGACCAGAAUGGAUGGAGAUUUUGGAGCCAUUGACAUACAACCUGAUCAGAUGCAGACAGUCAACCCAAUCCUCAUUUUGAUCUUGGUUCCGAUUGUCGAUGGUUUCGUUUAUCCCUUGAUUGCUAAAUGCAACUUCAACUUCACGCCCCUAAGAAAGAUGACAGUUGGGAUGUUUCUUGCAGCUUUAGCAUUUGUUGCUGCUGCUUUGGUGCAACUUCAAAUUGAUAAAACACUUCCGCUCUUCCCUGCUGCUGAUCAAAGUCAAAUUAAAGUCGUCAAUGUUGGUAAUUUGUCAGUCGUUGUAACACUAAACGGAGUUUCCAAGAAUUAUUCACUGAAACCAUCAGAGGCAACUGAUUACACUCUUGUUACGACAGCUGAUAUAGAGAGUUUUAAAGUUUCCUAUGGAGCCGUUAAUACAACCAUUGAAUCUAACAUUCAGGGUGGAAUGCGUCACACACUCCUAGUAACAAACUUCCCGUCCAUCGAGGCGCUAUUGCUUGAUGAUUAUGGAGACAAACCAGAAGAAGGAAAAAAUGCAAUCAGAUUUGCAACAGCAUUCACAAAUAUUGAAAAUGUCACAAUGAACGAUAAAGAUUAUGGAUAUUUGGAUGGACUAUCAGCAACAAACUACUCAUUGUUUACCAAAGGACAGAAACUAAUCUCAUUUAUCAUUGAUGGAAAAGAAUAUAAACAAAUCUCAAAGGAAUUUGGUUUUGGAAGCGCCUACACAAUCAUCAUUAAUGAAAUAUUAACCACAGAUAAUUUUACAUUAAAUUACAUUGAAGAAAUCGAACCCAACAGUUUCCACAUGGCGUGGCAGAUUCCCCAAUACGUUCUCAUCACAAGUGGUGAAGUGGUUUUCUCCGUCACUGGUCUAGCGUUCGCCUACUCACAGGCACCUUCCAAUAUGAAAUCAGUACUCCAGGCUGGUUGGUUGUUGACUAAUGCAAUUGGUAACAUUAUUGUGUUAAUAGUGGCAGAAGCUUCAACUAUUCAGGAACAGUGGGCUGAGUAUAUCUUAUUUGCCGCAUUAUUGGUUGCAGUCUGCAUAGUGUUUGCUAUCAUGGCCUAUUUCUACACUUAUGUGGAUCCAGUUCAAAUAGAGAUGGAAAUUGAAGAAGAAAUAGCAAGGAAGAAAGCUGAGGCUCUAGAGAAAAUGCCUUACUCUGAGAAUGGAACGAUUAAUGUGGUUCAAUCAAACCUCUGAAACGUAGCAAACAGAACACAUUGUAAAGUUUAACCAGACAUAGCUUCAGUGCAAAUGGACCUUAUGGACUGAGAACAACUGACCUUCUGUCAGCCUGUCUCUGCAAGAGAUGUAAAUAAUGUGACAACAUGCCCUGAUUUCCUGGUAAUUAUGUUAGAAUUCUCACGAUGAGCACUUUUUUCAAUACCCUUUCAAAUAGUGUUUCAGUGUUAUUUCUAACGGCUGAAAACAAAUAGUGGACGAAAUGCCCAUUGCAAUUUUCCAUAUUCUUUCACG